AAUGAUUUCCCACAUUUGGCGCAACAGUUGCUUGAACAUGGUGCGGAAGUUAAUGCAAAAAUAAAUUCGGGAGAGACAGCAUUGCAUCUCACCACGGAUGAAAAUUUUCCUGAAUCGAUGCAAAUUCUGCUCGACCAUGGCGCGGAUGUAAAUGUUCAAGACGAAGAAGGUUGGACCGCUUUGCACAAAGCUGUGUUGAACAAUAAUUUAGACUUUGCGCAGAGGCUUCUGGAGCACGGUUCAGAAGUGAAUUUACAAACGAAAAAGGGACUUACUGCUCUUCAUUUCGCUGGGAACAAAAACCAUCAGGAAUUGGUGCAAAUUCUGCUCAACCACGGUGCCGAUACAAAUGUUCAAGACAGAAAUGGAUGGACUGCUUUGCACGGGGCCGUGCAAAGUAAUAAUCCACACCUCGUGCAAAAGCUUAUCGAGCACGGCGCCGAAUUGAAUUCACAAUCAAACAUUGGAUAUACUGCUUUACAUGCUGCAGUGGGUCUUAAUAAUUCUUGUUUGACACAAUUGCUGCUCGACCAUGGAAUAGACGCAAACCUCAAGGAUGAAUUAGGGAGAACCGCUUUGGGUAUUGCUGCAUAUGAAAAUUUUCCAGAAAUUUUUCAAAAGCUAGUAAAUCAUGGUGCCGAUUUGAAUUUAGAGGGAUGGUUUGAAGAGUCCGCCGCCUCGACCGACACUGAGGGACAAAUUUGUUUGAUGGACACUGUCGUGAGCAAAAACCAUCAUGAAAUUUUAAAAAUACUUUUAAACCAGGACGUCGAUGGCAAUAUUAGUAAAGCUCUUCUGCCACUUGCUGUGCUAAACAAUAAAUUAGAAUUAGUGCAAAUUCUUCUCGAAAACGGUACUGAAAUAAAUUCAAAAAUGUGUCAAGGAUGGACCGCUCUGCAUUUGGCCGUGGAAAAACAGAAUUACGAAUUGUUGAUCGUUCUUCUGAAACACAGCCCUGACUUAAAUUUAAAAAACGCCAGGGGAGAAACCGCUUUGGAACUUGCUGUCCUGUACAAGUACAAAGAAUUUGUGCAAACGCUAUUAGAGAACGGCGCUGAUGUAAAUUCACAAGAUCAAAGAGGAACCCCUCUGCACAUUGCUGUGGGUCCAAAUAAUGCCGAUUAUGAGUUGGCGCAAAUGCUUCUUGACCACGGCGCUGAUGUAGAUUUAAAAGCAGAAGGAUUUUCGGCACUGCACCUUGCUGUUCAAAACAAUGAUCCGGAAAUGGCGCUUAAGCUGCUCAAACGUCGUGCCAAUCCAAACCUCACGACAGACCAAGGAUUUUCCGCACUGCACCUAUCAGUGAUGGAUAAUUAUCCAGAGUUAGCGCUAAUGCUGCUUGAAAAUGGCGCUGACAUUAAUUCAAAAACUCAAACAGGUAUGACUGCUUUGUAUCUCGCUGUUAUGAACAAUAAUAAGCAAUUAACGGAGUUGCUACUUGAACAAGGUGCUGACUUAAAUAUCGUAAAUGAAGACGGAUAUACCGCUCUGCACUUCGCUGUGUUUAGAAAUUAUCCCGAAUUGGUGGAGACACUGCUCAAUAAAGGGGCUAAUACUAAUUUACAAAUACCAAAUGGCUCGACUGUUCUUCAUUUAGCUUUGCGCAAUCGUAACUCACAAUUGGUCUAUAAGCUACUAGACCACGGCGCCGAUGUCAAUCUUAAAGACAAUGAGGGAUGCACCAUUCUGCACACAGUUGUGAGAAACAACUUUCCUUUCUUGGUUGAAACGGUGAUCAACUGUGGAGCGGAUGUAAAUUCAAAAACGUUUAAAGAAUGGACUGCACUGCACUUCGCCGCGAAAAGAAAAAAUCAACCCCAGCUUAAAAUGUUGCUGGACAACGGCGCUGACAUCGAUGCACAGAACAAUGUUGGAGAUACUGCUCUACACAUUGCAGCACAGAAAUUCUUCCCAGAUUUGGUUCAAACACUUCUCGACCAAGGUGCAGAUUUCAGUUUGAAAAAUAAGGCGGGAGAUACUGCUGUGGACGUUGCCAAACGCAUGAAUGAUCCAGAGUUAGUGCAAAUGUUUGAUGUCAAGGUUGAAAAAGAAACCGAUAGCGAGAAGUAACACGGCU